AUGGCAGCGGCCUCGGGUACCACGACACUCCCUCCGACGAGCAGCGCACAGGGAGAAUACGCGGGGUGGAAAUAUGCGUCGUCUGGGCAUCCUGAGGACCACAUGCAGCACAAAUCUUGGGGUCACGAGGCCAGUGCCUCUGCUUCUUCGAAAAACGCAUUUGCAACGCACAAUGGGGACACUAACCACGACCCAUACGCCGCGGAUGGCUAUCCGGCUACAAGAGCGUCACGCAGUAAUAGCUGGACUACCGUCUCCGAACACAAGCGACCGCACCGCGAAGGCUCUCCUAUGGUAUAUGACGAUGAAAACUCGAAAUGGAUUCACAGGGACAAACUUGCCAAGAUAGAGAGUCAGGAACUACAAGCAGCCGGUAUAAUAUUGCCCAAGCCAAGGGCUCAAAGCAGGCCGAGGCGGGAGCGCAGUCCGGACAAGAUGAAUGGGAAUCGGCGGGGCACAGACGCUUCGGAUCAGCAAUCGAUACCGAGACCUCGGAAGGACACAGAUUUAGGGGCUGACAAAACGACUGACUUCGAAAGUCCGAGCUGGGAUCUCCGGCUUCCUGAAGAAAUUGCGGAGGAUCCUAGCGACUACUGGGUAUCGAACGACUCUGGAAAGAAAUCACGCAUCCCGGUGGCUAAACUCAGUCCCGCGCCGAUUCCUGUCGACUUUCUCGAUCGAGAUGCCCCUGCUUUGCGACGGCCAAGCUUCCACCAUCUGGAUGGUGAUAAUACGACAUCGUUGCCGAAGGCACGGUCCCGAAGCGGCAGUGCGAAUGCUCUAGACAUGCCCAAGCUUCAACCAGGAAAACGCGCCGUCACUGAGGGGUCCCCCAAGAAAGGAAUCACGACGACAGCCCGCAAGGCUUCGGCGCCCGCGAAGUCAGCAACGCAGGCUCGACCGAGGACGCGAAACGGCCCUACGCAGCGAAGUGGCUCCACAGCACGGCCGACGACUCGAUCCGGCGAAUUAUCACCCAAAGCUCCUGAGGGUGAACCGCCGUGGAUGAUCUCGGCGUACAAACCCGACCCACGCUUGCCUCCAGAUCAGCAACUUCUUCCUACGGUUGCGAAGAGGUUACAACAAGAAAAGUGGGAGCAGGAAGGCACAUUUGGAAGUGUGUACGACAAGGAGUUCCGUCCUUUGAACGACGAAGCCUUUGCGAAGCCGCCCGAGCUGGAAAAGCCGCGCAGCUCUGAAGAGCCACAAAACGAGUGGCCCUUACGGCCGGAUGUGAUACGGCCGGAUGCGAGAACCACAAGUAUGAGCCGCCCGGGGACAAGCUCCUACUCGACCAUGCCUAAGAUCCAAGACAAGCCGGUUACAAGUCCCCUCGGCAGCCCCAUGUCCUUACAGCAACCGCAAUUCCAAGCACCUCAGAUCACCAGGGUCCAAGAGCCUCCGAAGCAACCACAACCUCAGGAAAAACCCCAAAAGGCGGGCUGCGGAUGCUGCAUCAUGAUGUGA